AUGGCUGAAGGCAAGAAAUCCGACGACUACACCGUCGACAUGAACAAGAUCGAUCAAGGGAAGGAGUUCGAGGCUGCGCCGCCGACUCCCUCGCCGCGCGCCAAUCCCGCCAUAACCAACAACCCCGCUUUUCCCGUUUUGGCAUACUGUGGUUCGUCAAUUAUGAUGACCGUGAUGAACAAGUAUGUUCUGUCGGGCUUGGACUUCAAUCUGAACUUCCUCUUGCUCUGUAUCCAGUCUUUGGUCUGCAUUGCGGCAAUUCAAACAUGCAAGUCUAUGGGUCUUAUCACCUACCGUGAUUUUAACUCCGAUGAGGCCAAAAAGUGGUUCCCGAUUACGCUCCUGCUGAUCGGCAUGAUCUACACUGGUUCCAAGGCCCUUCAGUUCCUCUCAAUCCCAGUCUACACCAUCUUCAAGAACUUGACCAUUAUCCUGAUUGCCUAUGGAGAGGUUCUCUGGUUUGGUGGCUCGGUCACUAACCUUACUCUGUUCUCCUUCGGUCUGAUGGUUGUCAGUUCGCUCAUUGCCGCCUGGGCUGAUAUCAAGCAUGCCGUGGAGAGCACCGGUGACACCUCUAGCAAGGUCUCCACCCUGAACGCCGGAUACGUUUGGAUGUUGAUCAACUGCCUGUGCACCUCUUCCUAUGUCCUGGGCAUGCGCAAGCGCAUCAAGUUGACCAACUUCAAGGAUUUCGACACCAUGUUCUACAACAACCUCCUUUCUAUCCCCGUCUUGAUCGUUCUUACCCUGCUUGUCGAGGACUGGUCAUCCGCCAACCUCGCCCGCAACUUCCCCGAGGCCAACCGUGAGGGUAUCUUCUUCGCCAUGGUUCUGUCCGGUGCUUCCUCUGUCUUCAUCUCUUACACAUCCGCAUGGUGUGUCCGCACUACCUCCUCCACCACAUACUCUAUGGUUGGCGCUCUCAACAAGCUGCCUAUCGCCGUGUCCGGUCUCGUCUUCUUCGAUGCGCCAGUUACCUUCCCCAGUGUUUCCGCCAUCGCUGUUGGCUUCGUCAGCGGUAUUGUCUACGCCGUGGCCAAGAUCAAGCAGAACUCUAAGCCCCGUACCGGUGUUCUCCCCACUCCAGUCAGUGCCAGCAGCCAGAGCAUGAGAGACUCCCUGCGCUCCUAA